GUUUGGGAGAAACUGCACAGACAGGACUCUAAAGUUAGAAUCUCCUGACUUUUCACAAGAUGCUGGACUGGAGGUUGGCAAGUGCACAUUUUAUCCUGGCUGUGACAUUGAUGCUGUGGAGCUCAGGAAAGGUGCUGUCAGUGGAUGCAGCAACUGAGGCUUUUGAUGUUGGAAUCAGAGAUGUGCAGUCACCACCCACAGCCAGGGAAGAAAAAUCAGCAGCUGAUCUGGCAGCAAAACUCAUGCUUCUUGACGAACUUGUGUCUCUGGAGAAUGAUGUGAUUGAAACCAAGAAGAAAAGGAGCUUCUCUGGUUUUGGGUCUCCGCUGGACAGACUCUCAGCUGGCUCUGUGGAUCACAAAGGCAAACAGAGGAAAGUAGCAGAUCAUCCAAAAAGGCGAUUCGGUAUCCCCAUGGAUCGGAUUGGUGGAAAUCGGCUUUCAAAUUCCAGAGGCUAAUUGAUUCCAAUUAUGUGACUUCCUUGGGUGAAAUGUCACAGAAACACGGAAGAUGCUUCAGAUGUUCUUCACACUCCUUAAUGAUUAAACUUUGAAGGAACUGACCUUCUGCAAAUUCUUUCCAAAGCUUGAACUUAGGUCCAUCACAUCCCAGUGUUGUUACAGCCUUAAGUAAAUUAUGCAGAUCAUUUCAAUGCAUGGAUAUUUUUUAAUUUACAUUUUAGUUGUUCAGGAAUAGUUACUUGGCCCCAAACUUUAUUUUUCUAAGAAAUAGUCAAACAACACGACGUAGUGAAAUGCUUUCUAUAUGCACUUAUCUUUUACAUUUAUGCAGUUGAAGAAUAACUGGAGACUAAUUUGUUUCUGUAAAAUUUAGGUGCAAUCUGUCAAUAUUGGGGAACAAAAAAAAGACAAUGCUGUGCGUUUUCUCUUUCAUGCUUUUACUUUUUCUAAUCCUUUGUCUAUGAACUUCUUAGGUAAUAAUUAUGAAAUUAGCCUUCUCAUAUUAUAUUCAAAUUUCAGUCAUUUUCAAUCAAAUAAUACUCAGCCCUAGUUCUAGAAAUAAGUAAAAGAAAUUCUCUGAGCAAAGAAAAAAUAGCAAUAAUUAAGCCCAUAAAUUUUAGUCUCCCAGAGAACUGAGAAAAUGCCUGCAGGUCAGAGCAUAUUGACUUGUAGUUAGGAAGUGAAGGAUAUUCCUCUGUCAAGCUUGGAUAUCCUGUGUCCCCUAAUAGCUUUCCUUUCUCUCAAUUACAACUGAUAAUUAAGAGCAGCAGUGGCUGAUUAUGAGAACUACUCACAGAAGUAACAGAUGAAAGUGUGGGCAAGUCAAAGAAUAUCAAGUAGUAGACCAUUAGUAUAGUCUGCGGCCGGUUUAAAUACACCUAAUUUUAGCACAGUAAAUUUUAACAUUAGUACAAUAAUCCAUCUUUUUGAUGUUACUGACUCACCUAAGAAACUGUUUAAUUUGUUUCAUGUACUGUGUUUAAUAAGGCAUUAAAGAGUAUAAGUAUUGGAAAGUGAUUUCUUUAAAAUGAUCCAAAUUAUUUUUAAUUGACCUAUCAAAGCAUAAAGUUUGAUAGUCUGGAAAGUUUGAUUCUCAGCAAUAACUGUGAUGUUACUGUAAUUUAAGGUUUGUGCAUUGGAUAUGCUUUCAAAGCACAAAUAUAACUUAUUUGUGGUCCAGAGAUUUAGCAUAUUAGAAGUUUAUGAAUUCUCUGAAAACACUUCCUUAAACCCCGGUAAUCAGUGCCAAACAGACCUGAUUUAAAAAAAAAUAAAAUUGGCCAGAACAGCAAAGUUUUACUGUAGCAUAAAAUGAAGAAUGCUAUGAAAAGGUAUAUUUAUAUUGAAAGAAGAAGAGAGAAAUGGGUAGUUGUUAAUUCUUUAACUAAAAAGGAAUAAAUGUACAAUCUGAAGACUAAAAUAAGCUCAGAGAAACAUAGAAACGAACAUAUGUACUUAGAAUACGGAAUGGUUUUGUAUAUAACUUCUUAGAUUUAGAGAAAUUUUUCCAACUGCUAAAAGUCAAAUUUAAAGUUUAAGAAAAACAGUGAAUGAAUUAUUCUUUUAAUUGUGAUAGAGAGGCUGUAGCAAAGAAAGAUACAUUUUGAGAAAGCUCACCAAUUCUGUUUUUCAUAAAAUUGCAUGAGAGAGUUAGCAGUGCUACAUGGGCAGAUAUUCUGCAGGAAUCGCUGUUUGAAAGGAUUAUUUAAGAAGAAGUUAUAAUUUCUCUUGCCUACUUUUCCCUAACCUUCUGAUGAAUUGUAAAAUGUUUCCUGUUCUUUGGAAGCGUUUUCUUUUCUUUUUUUCCCCAUCUGUGUAUUUGUGAGCAUGUAAUCCACCUGGGUGCUACUGCUUCAUGCUUUGACAAAAGGUAUUCAAACCUAAUUUAACCUAAAUAUUUUUCAUGGUGAAGAUUUAAGUUGAAUUAAAUCCAUUGAUUUUCUAUCUCUUUCAUUUUUUUAAUUCAAAAUUAUGCUUAUGGCAUCCAAUUUAAUUAAAGUAAGAGGUCGCAAUAUAUUGAUUUAUAGUCUAUUCUAAUAUGUAAUGCACUUGUCUCCUAAUAUAAUAUAUGCACAAGACUCCCAUGAAGAAAAAAAUGUUUUCUCCACUUGCAACUAUAUUAUUUCAUAUUUUAAUUUUUACCACUACUUUAUACAGAGCAGAAAAUAAAUCAGCAGCAUACUAGUUUAAAAUAGGACAUUCUUUUAACAUAGCAUAAAAUUAAGACAAAAUUUCUGUUAGGCAUGUGACGAGUCAUCUCAUUUAUUUGUCCAAUGUAUUGUAUAUUACUAAAUCCAGUUAUAUUUCACAGAAAAGUCACUAGAAAAGACUUUUCAUUUAGUUUCAAAAAAUACAUUACUUUUUUUCCCUCUUUGUUCCUGUGUGAAGCUUCAUAAAGCAAAUUGUGAAUAUAGAUUUCUGAGUUCUCGCAUCAAUUGCAUGAUCAAUUUUUUAAUGACAGGAUAUUGAUUCCUGGCUACAUUGUCUUAAAAUUUAUUGACACUAUAAAAAGUUUAGCAAAUUCGACCUUUAAUCUCCAGAUAGCUUUAGGGAAUUAAAUGUCUUAAAACCAAUUAUUAAAUGAUAACCUAAUGGAAUCUUCUAAAAGGAAGACGUGUCAAAUGCUUUUUGAAUGACAUUACCCCAAAGGGUUCAAAAUACUUGAAUAUUGUUCAACUACUCCAAAGUUAAUAAACAUG